AUGUCGAUUGAAGCCAUGCACGAGCGUAUCAUCGAAGACUACGCCAACAUCGAGGACGUGCAAAUCGCGUAUCAACGGUACGGGCACGGACCCAACUUCUUGCUGGGGAUUUGCGGGGGCGUCGGCUGUUACAAAAAGGACUUUCCGGAGCAUGUCUUGCGGUCUUUCGACCCGAAUUAUUACACGAUCGUGUCGUUGGACCCGCCGGGGUAUGGGAACAGCCGACCGCCGGCCAGGAACCAAGAGGUAAACCGAUGCAAGAAGGACGCCAAAUACUGCGUGGGGUUGAUGCAGGUAAGUUGUAACAAAACCUUUUGGAUAGCCGCAAGAGGCUACCGGCCCAAAAAAAAACUACAAAAAACUUUUAUUUAGCAUCUCAACCUCACGCCCUUCUGUGUGAUGGGAUGGAGCGAAGGCGCACGAACGUCAAUCCAUGUGGCUCAUCAAGGGAAACACCUGGUCGACCGCGUCAUUCUCAUGGCCGUCACAACCCGCGUGGAUCCGCGAAUUGACAGCGCAUUCCUAGGGACCCGAAACACUGAUCAAUGGCUACCAGAGACCCUGGAACCCUACAUCCGGCAUUAUCCAGAAGAAUUUGUGCGUGAGGAAUGGGCUGCAAUUUGCGACGUGGUUCACAAGUAUGCGAAUAUUUUGCGUAGCCUACUUUUUUUAGAGUAUUUGAAAACUUUGGAGGACGUUUUCCGUCCGAUCUCAUCUUACACACGCUUAAGCAGCCAAUCUUGAACAUUUACGGCGGAUUGGAUCGGUUCAUUAUGGAUCAAAAGUAUUUGCAAGAAAAAGUUCCAACUAUACGGUAAGUCGGGCAAGUGCAGAAUAAAAAAAAAUGCGCUAACCUAAACAUUUUUCUCACUCUGACGCCCCUCUUUUUGCAUGGUGUUGACGCUUUUUUUCAGCACCGCCGUUCACGCCCAAGGCGGCCACGACUUCUACGUCAAAUAUCCCCGAUGGUUGGCGAUGAAAGUGACUCAAUUCUUCAAGGAAACGUCUCAACAAUUCAAGCCGUCAUUGUAA